AUGCGGACUCUGCUCCAGGUGAUCAUCUGGUCAACCCGUAUUUUUAAUGAAUUACCGAGCGCUAACUCGCAUAUCUCAGACUCCAUCAAGCCUGCAGACUCCGUCCUCGGGUUAGAGACUUUGGGACCAAAUAAUGUUAAAGAUGCCAUUAUAGAACGACUCGGGCAAAUCACACCUGAAGAUGUUGCCUCCGAAUAUACCAAAUCUCUCCACCCCUGGUUUCCCGUUCUCCCACAUGCAUUCCAGGGACAGCUCCCGUUAUCUUGGAACGAUGCAUCCCUCGAUUUCACAAUUCUGGCGCUUUGCAUUAUUAUGCUUACAUGCGCUCCACCUAGUGCUUCACAAAAAGAAAAUCCCUCAACAUUUAAAUGCUUGUACACAUAUGCCAAGAGUUGGAUAUCGUUGAUCGAAGGAUUUGGGAUCAACUCCAUCGAGGUAGUACAAGCAAGGACUUGCAUGGCUUUGUUCGAAGCUGCACAUGGCUUCUACCCAGCAGCUUCUAUCUCCAUUGGAGCUGCGUCCAGAGCCGCGGAUGCGCUUAACGUCGACCCUAUUUCGCACAUGACAUCUUUUCGCUCUUCAGAUGAUGCAGCAAAGAGAAAAGAGACCGCAUUUCUCUGGUGUGCAAUCCAUAUUCUAGACCGAUACAUAGCAGUAGAGUCCGAGCCUCGAGUUUCAUUUUCCCGCUGGCACACUAACAAUUUCCAUGAAGCCCUCAAGGAAGAACUCUACCCUGCCCUGCUCGAAGAAGACCUGACAGGCCCUGUCUGCCAAAUUUCUCGUCUCUUUGAAGCCUCUACUAUCCUCGACAAACUACACGUAAUAGUCAAAGGCUCCACUGCAGAACACAUAUUUAAACUGGACGAGAUAAUGUUGCUGCUGGAUACAUCACAAAACCUACAAACAAUUCUACUGGGAGAAGCUGAAGAUGGACAUGAGGUAUACUCUGGCGCCUUGGGACUUAGCAAUAUUGGCCUGCUCCUCUUAUACGAAAACGGAACCAAAGUUCCUACCGCUGAUGAAGUAACUUCGGCCUGCAAUUCAAUCGCCAUAACGUCUCUCAACUCCCUCAUUACCACCGUAACCAACACAGUUGAGCCUUUUGUUAUUGGUACCCAGGGCCUUUUUGACGAUGUUGAGCGCAAGGUGGUUGUGUUGCGGUACUUUACGCAAGAUGUUUUGAGCAGUAUGUUCGCUGACAAAAUCGGUACAGAGCGUUACCUAGAACUUCUCAAUGAGGAUACGACACGGCGAAUUUUGAAGUCCAUACAACAAUGA